UAAAUAGUAAAUAUGGAGAUAUAUAUGGUUUCUUAGUCGGUUAUUUGGUUCUCAAGUGCGCCCAAAUAACGCCCCCGCCAAUUCCAAAUCUUCAUAUCUCCAAACCAAAAUUUGGACCUCUUCCUCCAUUUCUCUCUCAGAGGACUCUGACCACCUCCGAAUUCUACUUCCAUUGGAUUCGGAUCCCUAAUUCAGUGAAGCGAACGCUCAAUUCGUUCUAACCCUCACGCUUAGGGUUUCUCUUCUAGAGUUUAAUAAUGCCGGUGCACCUAACGCCCAACGCCAUUUCGGCCAUCAUAGGCGGCGACGUGAACUCGAAGCCGCUCGUCCAAAUCCUGGAUAUCAAGCUCAUCGGUAACUCGCAGGAGAGGUUCCGACUCUUGAUCUCGGACGCAGUUUCCACUCAGCACGCGAUGCUUGCAACUCAGCUCAAUGACCGAGUCAAGGACGGUAGCAUCAAGAAAGGAUCGGUCAUCCAGCUGAUCGAAUACAUCUGCAGCGUUGUCCAGAAACGCAAGAUAAUUGUGAUUUUGAGCAUGGAAACUAUUAUACCGGACUGUGAUAUGAUUGGGAAUCCAAAAUUUUCUCUCGAAUCUGAUUCAACAGCUCAGAAGAUGCAACCGAAUGUCAAUCUACAGCAGCCAGCUAGGGUUUCCAAUAACCGUUACCAACCACCUCCUGUAGCCAAUGUGCAGGAUUUCCGGCCUGCUGUUCAACCUCCUUACCAACCACCUUCUAAUUACAAAAGUCAUGGCACUAUCCUUAAGAAUGAGGCACCUGCUCGGAUCAUUCCUAUUGCUGCACUGAAUCCUUACCAAGGCAGGUGGGCUAUCAAGGCAAGAGUAACAGCAAAAGGGGAGCUUCGUCGGUAUAAUAAUGCCCGGGGAGAUGGAAAAGUAUUCUCCUUUGACCUUCUCGACUCUGAUGGAGGGGAAAUACGUGUAACCUGCUUCAAUGCUGUUGUUGACCGCUUUUAUGAUGUUAUAGAGGUUGGUAAAGUUUACAUGCUUUCAAAAGGUAGCUUAAAACCUGCUCAGAAGAACUUCAACCAUCUGAAAAAUGAAUGGGAAAUAUUUCUAGAGGCAACUUCAACUGUUGAUCUUUGCCCUGAUGAAGAUGGUUCUAUUCCAAAGCAGCAGUUUUCUUUUAGGCCUAUUAGUGAUAUUGAAAAUGCUGAAAGUAACUCUAUUCUUGAUGUUAUCGGUAUUGUCGUAUCCGUGAAUCCUUCUGUUCCUAUCUUGAGAAAGAAUGGAAUGGAAACUCAGAGAAGAAUUUUGAAUCUUAAGGACUGGUCAGGCAGGAGCGUUGAGCUAACCCUAUGGGGGGAGUUCUGUAACAGAGAAGGUCAGAAGCUGCAGGAUAUGUCUGACACUGGAUUUUGUCCUGUUUUAGCGGUUAAAGCAGGCAAGGUCAACGACUUCAGUGGGAAAUCAAUAGGUACAAUAUCUGCCACUCAACUCUUCAUAAAUCCAGAUUUCCCAGAGGCUCAUAGUUUGAGAGACUGGUUUGAUCAAGGUGGCAAGGAUGCUGUAUCACAGUCCAUUUCUAGGGACAUGGUGCCUGGAGCGCCUAAGAAUGAGAUUCGGAAAACUAUAUCUCAAAUCAAAGAUGAAGGUCUAGGAAGAUCGGAUAAACCAGACUGGGUCACUGUGAAGGCUACAAUAACUUUCAUGAAAACCGAUACUUUCUGCUACACAGCAUGCCCGUUGAUGAUCGGAGAUAGGCAGUGUAGCAAAAAGGUGACAAGGUCAGGAAGCAGAUGGCAGUGUGACAGAUGUAAUCAAGAAUUCGACGAGUGCGAUUACAGAUACCUUCUUCAAGCCCAAAUUCAAGAUCAUACAGGAUUGACUUGGGUGACAGCAUUUCAGGAGUCUGGGGAAGAGAUUUUGGGUUGCUCGGCGAAGGAGUUGUACUUGUUGAAGUUUGAAGAACAGGAUGAUGCCAGAUUUGGGUCCAUAAUUGGACAGAGGGUUUUUAACCAAUUUUUUUUUAGGCUCAAGAUUAAAGAGGAGAUGUACGGUGAUGAGCAAAGGGUGAAAAUCACUGUAUUAAAGGCUGAUAAGGUGAACUACUCUUCAGAGAGCAAAUACCUGCUUGAGUCAAUAUUAAAGCCCUUACGGUAAUUAAUGCUACCAAAAAUGAGUAGUUAAUGAAGUAGUCUUCAUUCCGGAGAGCUGAUUUUCAAGUCUACUGAACAGGUCGUCGAAUUUGUUUUCGAGCAUUCUCCGCAGAAAAUAUUUUUAUGUGCCUCGUUGUUUUUGUUGUAGCGAAUCUAGCUAACAUUGAUUCUACAAUACCAUUAAUUGAAUUGCAGAUUAAGCAUUUAAUUAGAAAGUAUUCAAAUUGCCAUAA